AUGUUGCCUUUGGCUCCAUCACAGCUCAUCCCCUUGUACGUCUGCAUCGGUGCUGGCGUCUGUGGAGCAGGAUUGUAUCUCGUGCGUCUGGCCACGAAGAGCCCAGACGUGACAUGGAACCGAAACAAGAACCCUGAGCCCUGGAAUGAGUAUACCCACAAGCAGUACAAGGUGAGAGUAACGGCCACAGGCACCAGGACUUUGAGCGAGCCCGUGUGCGUGUCCGGUGCGAUUUCAGAUCUAUGGGAUUUGUUCUGGAAGACCAGGGAGAGCUAUGACAGCCCUGCCCCCAAGUACAAGGAGUAGAUUCAUCGAGGUCUCUGCAACCUGUGACGGGACAAAUAACCAGUAGAUGCUCUCUGUUCAUAUCUUAGUAUGUAUUAUUUUAUUGACCUCCCUGCUUUUAUAAUAUAUUACUUCGAGGAGAGAUACUUCAAUGCCGAACUGCUGUCGCAUUUCCCAAUUUGUUUGAGGUGUCUGAAAUGGAUGUGCAAAUAAAGUUAUGGCAAUGUAACAACAGUUCAUACACCCCCCCCCCCCUGUAAUUUGGUUGUUGCACUGGCUCUUAUGGGUAAGUGUGUUGGCUGUCUUACUUUAAAAAGAGUUGAAUGCAUUGUUGCUUCUCAUGCAAAGCUAGUAAUGAAAAAGUUUCCAUCCUGCCAAUGUUCUAUGUGGUCUGUUAGACAAGAAAGUUUCCAACUUUUUUAAGUUGAGGGAAAAAACUGAGAAAUUGCGUAAAGUUUCAGAAAAGUUAGGGGUAUCAUUGUAAAAUCUUUAGUUGCUUGCAAUGUCAUUCCACUGUGCAGGAGGGAGAAUUUGUCUGGGUCCAACGAGUUUUCCUUCUCUGGGACUGGAUUUUCCACUGCCAUUGACUGAGUUCAAAAUUGCAUGUUUCGAGAAUGGAUUUGGUUAAAUCAUACUCAUUGCAAUCAAAUCCAAUAAAUACUUGGCUAUGCUAAUCUUUUGAUUUUUAAAUCCCUUGUCCUAGUUUAGUUUGAAAAGUGGGUGAAAUAUCCAAAGAAGGGUGGAUAAAUGCUAUGCAACAAUCCAUCAUACAAGGUGGGCUCAAAGUCACUUUCCCCCUGGUUUAUUCUUGAUUAAGAGGGUCUAUAUACUGUCCACUGUUGUCCCUGCACAGCUGAUGUCGCCUCCAGGUGCUUCGAUGUAUUUUUUUUUACAACAUACUAGGGGUUGUGUCUCCCAAUCUGCGAAGAGUGGUGAUGAAGGAAUCAAACAGGCACAGAAAUUGUAAAUCAGACAUCCAAUGAUAUGCUUCAAUUACACCUGAAAACAGAGUGAGGAAUUAGUUCUCAUCCUGAAGAAAUGAUAGGCCAUUUAUGAGGCUGUUGAAAUUUUUUUUUUAGCAAUUUCAUGGAAGGCCAAAACUUGAGCCAAGGGAUCCUAAUCCUAAUCUUGAAUUACAUGGGUUUUAAGGAUGAAGGCAAAACACUCACGAAGGAACGAUUUCGAUCAGGGUAAAGCUGCCAGGAAAAACAGCAGCUCGUGCCAAGUAGAUCCAGUCUCAUCUCCAAUCUGUUCCAAGGCAAAGUGCUGGUUUCUGAGCUCACACCCGAAACAAGGGAAAUUUUUCCUUAUCUGCUUCUAAAUGUAUUUUCCCUUUGCAUUUUGUUUUAAUGGCUGAUAAUUGUUGAACUGAAGUGAGGGAAUCUUUGGAUGUACUAUUUUGAGGUAUUAAUUUAUCAGAAGAGUGAUUUAUGGG